AAAAAAUCUACAGCCGACAAAAUGGUUGAAUGGACAGACUUCGAGCGCGCCACCAUCCAGGACAUCUUCGCCAAGAUGGACUAUGAAGACGUGGGCCCUGCUGCUCUUUCCAGGUGUCUGGUUGUCUACCCCUGGACUCAGAGGUAUUUCGGCAACUUUGGAAACCUCUACAACGCCGCUGCUAUCAUUGGUAACCCGAUGGUUGCAGCUCACGGAAAAACUGUCCUCCACGGUCUGGACCGGGCUGUGAAGAACAUGGACAACAUCAAGCAAACCUACGCCGAGCUGAGCGUGCUGCACUCCGAGAAACUGCACGUGGACCCCGACAAUUUCAAGCUGCUGGCCGACUGCCUGACCAUCGUGGUUGCUGCUCGAUUGGGCAAAGACUUCACUGGUGAUGUCCAGGCAGCUUUUCAGAAGUUCCUGGCCGUGGUGGUGUCCUCCCUGGGAAGGCAGUACCACUAG